AUGGCGUCCAUCUGCAUGCGAUCCUGCCGCGUGCAGUCCGCCCUCCGAUCCGCCAGAAAUUCUACCACUGUUCGUCCCAGACUCCCUAGCAACAUCCCUCGACGUCAUGCCUCUACCGGCACCGGCUCCUCGACGGAAUCCCAGGCCGGCUCGGGUCUGAAGACUGGCCUGUACAGCAUUGCCCUCGCCGGGUCCCUCUACGUUUCCUAUCUCUAUGUAACCGAUACGAGGGCCUCCAUCCACGCAUUGUCACCCAUGUUGAUGCGCUUUGCAUGGAGCGACGCCGAGGACGCCCACCACGCCGGCACUGGCAUGAUGAAGACUCUCUACGAUCUCGGCCUACACAUCCGCGAACGCGACAGAACCCUCGCCGAACACCCUGCUCUUGCGACGGAAGUCUACGGCAUGAAAUUGUCCAACCCCAUCGGUAUCAGCGCCGGCCUCGAUAAGCACGCCGACAUCCCUGACGCCCUCUUCGCCCUCGGUGCCGGCAUCGUUGAGGUUGGUGGCUGCACGCCCCGCCCGCAGGACGGCAACCCUCGCCCGCGUGUCUUCCGCGUUCCCAGUCUUGACGGCAUGAUCAACCGAUACGGCCUCAACUCGCGGGGUGCCGAUAGCAUGGCCAUCACACUGAGGGAGCGCGUGCGCAAGUUCGCUCGCAAGGUUGGCGCGACGGAGCAGGAGGUUCUGGACGGCGAGGCUGGUGUCCCUGCUGGCAGUUUGCUUCCCGGCAGAUUGCUGGCUGUGCAGAUUGCCAAGAACAAGGAGACGGACCAGAAGGACGUCAAUGCCGUUGCUCAGGACUACGUUUACUGCGUGCAACGUCUUGCUAGGUAUGCCGACAUCCUGGUGGUCAACGUCAGCAGCCCCAACACCCCUGGUCUCCGCGAUUUGCAGGCCACCGAGCCUCUGACGAGGCUGUUGAGUGCCGUGGUUCAGGAGGCUCGCAAGGUGGACCGCAAGGUUGCCCCCAAGGUCAUGGUCAAGGUCUCCCCUGACGAGGAGGAGGAUGCCCAAAUCGAGGGCAUCGUCCAGGCUGUCUGCAGCAGCGGUGUCGACGGUGUCAUUGUAGGCAACACCACCAACCGUCGCACAGGCAUCGUUCCCCAAGGUGUCAAGCUUACUGUCAAGGAGCAGAAGGCGCUGCAGGAGACGGGUGGGUACUCGGGACCCGCCAUGUACAGCAGAACCCUGGAUCUCGUCGGAAGAUAUCGCAAGAAGCUCGAUGCCCAGACCCUCCAGACCGGCUCGGCCGAGGAGGCGGCUGCUAUUCCUGAUGUUGACGGCUCCCUCUCCGGCAAGCUCCACGAUCUGAUCGAGGGCAAGGAUACGCCGAGAAAGGUCAUCUUCGCGACAGGCGGCAUCACAAAUGGAGAGCAGGCGCUCAAGAUCCUCAAUGCGGGCGCCAGCGUGGCCAUGGUGUACACUGGCUUGACGUACGGCGGACCGGGAACAAUAACAAAGAUAAAACGGGAGAUUAAGGACCAGGCGUAG